GACGAUCUGAAAAUGUUUUUCAAUGUGAAAAAGGAACAAUGACAGGUUUCCGUCGAAUUGGUGGGAUAGCGUCGCACGUCAACACAGAUUUCAAUCGAUAGUGUACUUGUAGGCUACAGCAUAUUAUCUGUGCGCAUGGGGUUGUCUCUCGCUCAAAUUUGAGUGUGCUGUUUUGAACGGCCAUAGCAGCUUUGGUUUUGACUAAGGUAUUGGGGAUAGUCACAUAACACGUUGUUUAACCUCUACAUGUUGUGAACUCUCUGUAACCCCAUGAAUAACAGAAUAUUGUAAAUUAUAAUGGUGUAGCCUUGUCCUAGGGAAUGAAUCAAGACACUAUAAUAUUUUGAUACAAUUUAAUACAGAAUCAACAAUCAAAACGUUUGCAAAUAGUGUCAUACCAUAUGUUUUCACAAAUAAGAUAUUGCGUAUGUAUUUAGCCUCACAUCGACACUGUAUUCCAGAAAUAAAAUGUGUCUGAAAGUUUGAAUUGAUCUACUUGUCAUCCCCGAAAUCCACGUUGAAACGCAGAAGUUCCACUGCCUUGCCGCUGCUGCCGGAUUGGGGUUACUGCACUAUUGAGCAGUGGGCUACAGCAUCCUCGCGCGCUAAGACACACGCGGACAUCCUACGAGCUGGAGUUCCGAGAGCACUCACCGGUUCGUUUUGUCUCUUUGUGAUCUCUCAUCCAAGUCUUUUAUUUAGUUUUUAAACGGAAAGGAAAUCAUUCUGUGGUUGACGGUAUCGGUUGUCUGUCGCAAAACAUUGGAGUACUUUUGGGUCGGAAUGUUUUACGCAUGAAGUCAGCUGGAUGUGUUCUGUAGCCUAUGUCGGACAUCAUCCACCCGAUAUUUUCAAUGGAUUUGAAUAGAGUGGAAAUGCCUUGGGAAUAAAAUCACAAAGUUUUUUUCUAUAUGUUCUAUAAAUUCCAUUGUAACAAGGCAUCACACGGAUACAAACGCAAUGAUUUUCAUCACACUUUAUGUCGUGCUGCCUCUUUUAGAUGUAUUGUAUGCCCAGGAGAAUGUCCUUUCUGGUCCCAACCGCCUCGACUGUGUCAAGGCGAGUGAGCAGUGUAUGAAGGAGCAAGGAUGCAGCACCAAGUAUCGGACAAUGAGACAGUGCGUUGCUGGGGGGAAGGAGAGAAACUUUAGCAUGGUAGCCGGACUGGAGGCGCAGGACGAAUGUCGGAGCGCCAUGGAUGCGCUCAAGCAGAGCCCCCUGUAUAACUGCAGAUGUAAAAGGGGUAUGAAGAAAGAGAAGAACUGCCUUCGCAUCUAUUGGGGAAUCUACCAGACUUUGCAGGGGAACGAUUUCCUCGAGGACUCUCCUUAUGAGACCAUGAAUAGCAGGCUGUCUGACAUAUUCCGACUGGCCCCCAUUAUUUCAGAGGAAGGGGUCAUCGGCGACCCCAGGAGCGGCACUGUCACAGUGCCCACAGGGAGGGGGCCCCAAGUCAGGGGCCGAGCAGUGGAAGACCCCAGUAGAAACAGGAGAGCUCAUCCCAAUUGGGCAAUUCUGGGCGAGCCUGCGGUGACGAGGGAGAACAACUGUCUGAACGCGGCCAAGGCCUGCAACCUGAACGACACGUGUAAGAAGUACCGCUCGGCCUACAUCAGCCCCUGCACCAGCCGCGUCUCCACUGCGGAGGUCUGCAACAAGCGCAAGUGCCACAAGGCCCUGCGACAGUUCUUCGACAAGGUCCCUCCCAAACACAGCUAUGGCAUGCUGUUCUGUUCCUGUCCAGCCGGCGACCAGUCGGCCUGCUCUGAGCGCCGGCGCCAAACCAUUGUACCAGUCUGCUCCUAUGAGGACAGGGAGAAGCCCAACUGUCUCUCCCUGCAGACCUCCUGCAAGACCAACUACAUCUGCAGGUCCCGUCUGGCUGAUUUCUUUGCCAACUGUCAGUCUGAGCCACGCUCCCUCUCUGGCUGUCUUAAGGAGAACUACGCUGACUGCCUGCUGUCCUACUCUGGCCUCAUCGGUACCGUGAUGACGCCCAACUACCUGCGCUCUCCUAAGAUCAGUGUUGUCCCCUACUGUGACUGCAGCAGCAGUGGCAAUGGCAAGGAGGAAUGUGACAAAUUCACAGAGUUCUUCACAGACAACAGCUGCCUCCGCAAUGCCAUCCAGGCGUUUGGGAACGGGACAGAUGUGGGAGUUUGGCAGCCCAUGCCACCGGUGCAGACCACCACCUCCACCACCACUCCUUCCCAGAAGGCUAAGGACCGGUCCCCCAACUCACUGGAUGUCGCCACAAACACCAAUCACCUCAAGGCAGGGGAUGAGUCCCUCUACCACUUCUGUGGAAGCUUGCAGGCUCAGAAACUGAAGUCCAACGUUUCAGUCGAUGGUGUGCUUUGCGUGGACCCACAGAUCGACGACUCCGGUACCUCCAACUCCAUCGCCAGGAAUUCAGCCGGUCUGCCAUCAUCUAAUACACACCUCUACUCACUACUGCCCCUGCUGGUCGCGCUGCUACACUGCACCCUGGCGGCGCUCUACCCCGCAGCAGUCUUGUAGCCAUGCUACCUUUCAAAAGCAUGGACAGACUAAAUUUGUAAAAAGACAAAAUGAUAUUCUCUGUUCCCAGUAUACCUGUUGUAUUUUUAUUUCCCUUCUCUCUGAUUAUUUUUAAACUCUAGUUUGAAGAGGCUUACGUUGAAGCAGUGUGCUAAAGUGAUCUCAAUGUAACUCAGUUUCGCUGUGUUUCUCCCGUUUCUGUUUUACAAAGGGAAAAGCUUCUGUGUCGGUCACUGGGCGAUCAUGAGAAUAUAGGAUGCAUUGCUACAUUCCAAUACACAAUGGCGGGUGGCUUUUUGUCAGUUCCUGGUACAAUGGGAUUUACUGUAUUAAUAAUGGUACGGUCAUUAGGCAGGCGCUUUUAUCCAAGGGACUUUGUGUGUUAAGGCUGAGGUCUUUGAAGAAGCAAAAAAUCCCCAUCACUUUGAUGGCAGUGGUUUAAAUGAGGUAGGCAGCUUUUUAGGUGUCAAUAUAUCUCAUCUGUGGUGUGUGUGUGUGUGUUUUGAUAUGGUAUCAUUUGGAGAUGGAGUUACGAAGGCCCAGAGGACAGACAGUAUAGAUGGCUAGACCACCAUGGAACCUUUCAUCUAGAAUGGUCUACAGAACUCAUUAUUCUGUUGGGACGCCACCAUUUUGUCACUAACUCGGCCCUCUGCAGCAAAACACUAAUUUCAAGAACUCACUUUGACAUUGUAGCGCAUGCAAAAAACACACACGCAAAGACACAUGCAGUACACACUCACAUGUCAAGGUUCGUUUCUUCCUAACAUGUACAAUGAGCUAUUUGGGGGAUAUGCGGAAUGUACAUUAUGGAGUCAAACAUUAUUUUGGUCUAUCAAAGCAGUUUGACAUAUUUUCUCUAUACUGGAUGAAAGGGGGGGAAUGGGUGUAGGGUUUUCUCUGGUAGACAGACCAUUCCUACCUGAAUGAGUUUAUACUCUCUGCUCUGUAAGCGUCGUAAAGCGCUCUGGAGCUGUUGACAACAGCCGUACAGAUGACGGCGUUACGAGUUGUAACAGAUCACGUGACAGAUGGAUUCUCAUACUUACCGCUUUUGUUGUGUACACUUUAAUUACACACAACCAUUCAAGACAUUAGCAUCAAUUUGCUCUCAAUCUAUUGUCAUGUUGCCUUCACAAUAAAACUGUCAAUCUUAUUGGAACAAAGCCUUGUAAAUCUUAUGCGAUUGGCAUCUGAGUCAAGCUGACGCAGAACAUGUGACUCUUGUACGUAAAUUGUAGCAUUUUGUAUGUCUCCUGAGAAUCGCUGAGAAAGUAUCAACCUUGUAUCAUAACCAUAUGUAACUUCUCAGAUGUAAUGUGCAAGUUGAAAAUGUCAAUUCAUUUUGAGAUACAUUUGAAAUAAUCAUUUCCUCAUGUGGACUACCCAGCACACAGUCACUUCACACAUACAUGUGGCAUGUGCGGCAAAUGACUUUAGCUACUGGACAUUUUAAAGCAUUUAUGACAUGCUGCUUGGGUUCGUGUGGCUUUUCAAAACAAUGUAUAUUACAUGUUAUUUACUAGGCAUUAAAAUUAGAUGUGUGUACUUGAUUGAAACAGUAAUUGGAUAAGAAAUGUCUAUUUCUAUCCUGCUCGGGAGCAUUGUGAGCAAUUUAGAUCAGAUUCAAAUUCCCCAUAAAAUACAUCACAUUAGAGAAUAGCAUUUUUGUUUUACAGCAAGCUACACAUUUUCCCCAGUACAUAUGAUGGAACUAUUGUAAAUUAUAAGAUAUCGAUCUUAGCUCUCCUGUUAUAUUUCCUGAGCCAACAAAUAUUCUACCAUAGUUUCAUUUAUGCAGUUGCCUGAAUAUGAUAUUGUUUUUUGGUAUAUAACAUCUUAUUCUUUCUAUCUUUUACUAUUUGGGCCUUUAUUUAUUACACUUUGACAUCCCGCACAAGUAAGGAGCAUAUAGGACCGUACCCAGAGGUUAAAGUACAAAAAAAUCACAUGGGUGAUAGGAAAUGCAAUAAAGGAUAAAGAUGAACAUUUUAUCUACGAGGUCUGAGGCAGCUGGGUGGUUUAACACAUUGGUAUCUGUAGUCAGAUUGCUGAUAUUUCACAGUGACAGAGGAUGAAUGUGUUGGAAUUUGUGGGUGAGGGAGGAUAAUAAGCCCACUAAGAGGCAGGUGAAGAAAUAAAAUACCCUUGAGUAUUUGUAUUCAUUUACAUCACAUUGGUUGUUUAACUAGAAGAAACUAAUUGCAAUGUUUAUACAGAUUGAAAACAAAGAAUCCCUAAGCUAUCCACAAUACUUCUUAGCCUGUGAAAAUGUACAAUCUAAAUAAAAAUUAUAAUUAAAAUGUUGACUCAU